UUUACACUUAGAAUAGUGUAAGAGUUAUUGAAGACUAGUCCAUUUACGACGUGGCAAGCAUCAUGGUUUCUUUAACCUUCAACGCUCUAACGUUUUCUUGUAUCAUAUCGUUAGUUUACUCUCAAUCUCCACAAGUAACUACUACAUUGGGAAAAGUUGCAGGAAAGACAAUUCUUUUCUCAGAAGAUUCGUACAUAGGUGUCAAUAAGUAUAUCGAUGUCUACAAGGGUAUUCCAUACGCCGAGCCCCCAGUCGGUAAUUUGCGCUUUGAGAAUCCGCGCCCAAAAGAGCCUUGGAUGGGAACCCUGAACGCGACGGAAUAUAGUCCAAUGUGCAUCCAGUCCAGUGGCGGUGAAGAUGAUUGCUUGUACUUAAACAUCUUUGUACCCCAAUCUAAGCCACAUAACGCAUCUGUCAUGUUCUUCAUUCAUGGAGGGGCCUUCCUGACAGGCACUGCCUCAACAGACGAUUACUCUGGGGUGGUAUUAGCUGCCAUCGGCGACGUCAUUGUGGUAACCAUCAAUUACAGGCUCAACAUUUAUGGUUUUCUAACAACAGGAGAUGAUGACUAUCCCGGCAACGUUGGACUACUCGACCAGCUAGAGGCUUUGAAAUGGGUGAACCAAAACAUUGGGGCAUUCGGAGGUGAUCCAUCACGUGUGACGAUCUUCGGUGAAAGUGCUGGAUCGGCCAGUGUAGAUUAUCAUCUCCUCUCAAAGCAAAGUUGGGAUUAUUUUAGCCAAGCGAUUUUAGAGAGUGGAACUGCUCUUUGUGAUUGGGCUUAUAGAGAACGGGAAGAAUCCAAAAAUUUAGCAAUCACCAUUGGUAGGAAAGUAGGCUGUGAAUUUACGGAUAGCAAUGCAUUUGUAGAAUGCAUGAAAGGUGUCGAUCCUGGAGCUGUUGUAGAUGCUUCUGUUGGGAUAACUAUUUAUCCGGGGCCCGUAGUAGACGGAAUAUUUAUUGAAAGCAGUCCAGAGAUUCUGAUACAAAAUGAAGAGUUUAAAACUGAUACAAACAUCAUCAUUGGAACAAAUAAGGAUGAAGGAACAUUUUCCUUCUUUAACCUAUACAACUACCUAUCACCAGAUACUCCUAAAGUUUCCAAAUCCGAGUUCCUUUAUCUUAUUCCAGUGCUUUUUGUUCCAAUUGAAGAAGCAUCAAAUCCUCUUAUUUUGGACUCUAUAUAUUUCGAAUACACCGACUGGUCUCAAGCAGACGACCCUGAAGCUAACUUUUUCGAUUCAAGUGUUCGAUUGGCCACAGAUUUUCAGUUUGUCUGUCCAAGUGACGCAGUACAGCGCGCGCAUGCCUCAGUUGGUAACAAAGUGUAUGCUUAUGUGAUGUCUCAUACUCCGAAAGUUUCGAUAUAUGGUCUCGAUUUUGACUGGCUUGGAGCUAGUCAUGCCGAAGAACUUCCAUUUGUGUUCGGGUUGCCUUUUCUAAAUGGAACACCUAUCUACUCUUUAGAACAGCCGUCUGACAUUGACCGCAAUUUUUCGGUGGAGUUUAUGAGAUACUGGACCAACUUUGCAAACACAGGAGAUCCAAACACCAGAGGGCGCGAGGCAUCAACCCCUUCCUUCGAUAGGGAUCUUACCCUUAUAGACGAGAAUGUGCUACAGUAUUCGUUUACACAUUAUACCCCGUGGCUUGCAGUUAUGCAUUCCAAAAUUAUCACAACCAUUACGCUUUCCUGCAUCAUUGCGUUAGUUUACGGUCAAUCUCCACAUGUAAUUACAACGUUGGGAGAAGUUGAAGGAAAGACGAUUCUUUUUUCUGAAGAUUCAUACAUAGGUGUCAAUAAGUAUAUCGAUGUAUACAAGGGUAUUCCAUACGCCGAGCCCCCAGUCGGUAGUCUGCGCUUUGAGAAGCCGAGCCCAAAAGAACAUUGGAUAGGUACCUUGAACGCGACAGAAUAUAGUCCACCGUGCAUCCAGCCUGUAGAUGCAAAUCCGUAUACAGUUGUGGGUAAAGAAGAUUGCUUGUACUUAAACAUAUUUGUUCCCCAAUCUAAGCCACAUAACGCAUCUGUCAUGUUAUUCAUUCACGGAGGAGGCUUCCUGACAGGCACAGCCUCAACAGACGAUUACUCUGGGGUGGUAUUAGCUGCCACCGGUGACGUCAUUGUGGUAACCAUCAAUUACAGGCUCAACUUUUAUGGUUUUCUUACAACAGGAGAUGAUGACUAUCCCGGCAACGCAGGACUGUUCGAUCAGCUUGAGGCUUUAAAAUGGGUAAACAAAAAUAUUGGAGCGUUUGGAGGCGAUCCAUCACGUGUGACGAUCUUCGGUGAAAGUGCGGGGUCGGCCAGUGUAGAUUAUCAUCUCCUCUCAAAGCAAAGUUGGGAUUAUUUUAAUCAAGCAAUUUUAGAGAGUGGAACUUCUCUAUGUGAAUGGGCCUAUACGGAACGGGAAAAGGCUAAAGAUCUAGCAAUCACCAUUGGUAAGAAAGUAGGUUGUGAAUUUACGGAUAGUAAAUCAUUUGUAGAAUGCAUGAAAGGUGUCGAUCCUGGAGCUGUUGCAAAUGCGUCUGUUGGGAUAAAUGUUUAUCCGGGGCCAGUAGUAGACGGAAUAUUUAUUGAAAGCAGUCCAGAGAUUCUGAUACGUAAUGGAGAGUUUAAAACUGAUACAAAAAUCAUCAUUGGAACAAACAAAGAUGAUGGUACACUUUUCUACUUAUACCUACCAGACUACCUAACUCCAGAUACUCCCAAAGUUUCCAAAUCCCAGUUCCUUAAUCUAAUUCCAACAGCAUUUGUUCCAAUUGAGGAAGCAUCAAAUCCCCAUAUUUUGGACUCUAUAUAUUUCGAAUACACCGACUGGUCUCACGCAGACGACCCUGAAGCUAACUAUUUUGAUUCAGGUGUUCAAUUGGCCACAGAUUUUCAGUUUCUCUGCCCAAGUGACGCAGUACAGCGUGCGCAUGUCCCAGUUGGUAACAAAGUGUAUGUUUAUCUGAUGUCUCAUACACCAAAAGUUCCGAUAUUUGGUUUCGAUUUUGACUGGCUUGGAGCUGGCCAUGCCGAAGAACUCCAAUUUGUGUUUGGAUUGCCUUUUCUUAAUGGAACACAUAUCUACUCUUUAGAACAGCCGUCUGAUACCGACCGAAAUUUGUCGGUGGAAUUUAUGAGAUACUGGACAAACUUUGCAAAAACAGGAGAUCCAAAUACCAGAGGGAGUGAGGUGUCAACCCCUUCCUUUGAUGAGGAUCUUGCCGUCUGGCCAGAGUUUACAAUUCCUGAACUUAACUACCUCGAUAUUAAUCCGACGUCGUCACCUGAACGAGCUUAUCGAGCCGACAAGUGUGCCUUCUGGAGCACGUAUGAACCAAAACUCGAACAAUAUGCAGGUAUGCUAUAUGAAAUAGGUCUAUAUAAGCUAUAUAGAGGGCUAGACAAGGAAAAUUCUGUUGGCGCUAUGGUAAUUACAGAUUUUACCAAUGCUUUUGAUUGCAUUGAUCAUUCUGUUGCUAUUAAUCGGCUUCUUGAACUUGGACACCAAGUCUUCUCGGUUAAGAGAAUCAUGGAUUCUCUAACUAUUACCGCUCUAACGUUUUCUUGUAUCAUGCCGUUAGUUUACUCUCAAUCUCCAUAUGUAACUACAACACUGGGAGAAGUUGCAGGAAAUACGAUUCUUUUUUCAGAAGAUUCGUACAUAGGUGUCAAUAAAUAUAUCGAUGUCUACAAGGGUAUUCCGUACGCCCAACCCCCAGUCGGCAAUCUUCGCUUUGAGAAGCCGCUCCCGAAAGAACCUUGGAUAGGAACCCUGAACGCGAUGGAAUAUAGUCCUUGGUGCACCCAGUCCGGUACAACUCCGUACACUGUUGUGGGGGAAGAUGAUUGCCUGUAUUUAAACAUCUUUGUACCCCAAUCUAAGCCAAAUAAUGCAUCUGUCAUGUUAUUCAUCCACGGAGGUGGCUUCUCGACAGGCUCGGCCUCAGUAGAAGAUUACUCUGGGGUGGUACUAGCUGCCACCGGUGACAUCAUCGUGGUAACCAUUAAUUACAGGUUGAACAGUUAUGGAUUUCUUACAACAGGAGAUGAUGACUAUCCCGGUAAUGUAGGACUAUUCGAUCAACUUGAAGCUUUAAAGUGGGUGAACAAGAACAUUGGAGCGUUUGGAGGCGAUCCAUCUCGUGUGACGAUCUUCGGUGAAAGUGCUGGAUCGGCCAGUGUAGAUUAUCAUCUCCUCUCAAAGCAAAGUUGGGAUUAUUUCAGCCAAGCAAUUUUAGAGAGCGGUACUAGCCUAAGUUAUUUCGCUUAUAUGGAACGAGAAGUAGCCAAGAACCUGUCGAUUAACAUUGGUAGGAAAGUUGGUUGUGACUUUACGGAUAGUAAAGCAUUUGUAGAAUGCAUGAAAGGUGUCGAUCCUGGUGCUGUUGUAAAUGCGUCUGUGGGGAUUAACCUGAGACCAGUAGUAGAUGGCGUAUUUCUUGAAAGAAGUCCAGAGAUUUUAAUACGAAAUAGAGACUUUAAGAUGGAUGCAACCAUCAUCUUUGGAACAAAUAAAGACGAAGGAACAUUUGUCUACCUUCUGCUACCAGGCUACUUAGGCUACCUUACAAAUACUCCGAAAGUUUCCAAAUCCGAGUUCCUUACUCUUAUUCCAGCGGCUUUUGUUCCAAUUGAGGAAGCAUCAAAUCCUCUUAUUUUGGACUCUAUAUAUUUCGAAUACACCGACUGGUCUCAAGCAGACGAUCCAGAUGCAAACUAUUUUGAUUCAGGUGUUCAAUUGGCCACAGAUUUUCAGUUUCUUUGCCCAACAGAUGCAGUACAGCGUGCCCAUGCGUCUGUUGGAAACAAGGUGUAUGUUUAUCUGAUGACCCAUACUCCAAAGGUUUCGGUAUAUUAUGGUCUCGAUUUUCCUUGGAUUGGUGCUAGUCAUGCCGAAGAACUUCAAUUUGUGUUUGGAUUGCCUUUUCUUAAUGGUACAACAUAUACCUAUUUAUUAGAACAGCCGUCUGAUAAUGACCGCAAUGUAUCGGUGGAAAUUAUGAGAUACUGGACCAACUUUGCAAAAACAGGUGAUCCAAAUACUAGAGGGAGUGAGACACCAGCCCCUUCCUUCAAGAAGGAUCUUACCCACUGGCCAGAGUUUACUAUUCCUGAUCUUAACUACCUCAAUAUUAAUCUGAUGUCAUCAUCUGAACGAGCUUAUAGAGCCGACAAGUGUGCCUUCUGGAACACGUACGAACCAAAACUCGAGCAAUUUGCAGCUGACACGUCCGAGAUAGAAGAAUCAUGGAGAACCGAUUACUACAGCUGGAAGUAUAACGACCUACCUGAGUGGCAGAAGGCAUUCGAUGAUUACAAACAAAGCAAAGUAUGCGCUUAAAAAAAUACACAAAAAUUUUAUUUUGUAGACCUAAUUUUGUAAAUUUAUUUUAAGACUUAUUAAAAUACUGUAGUAAGGGAAAUGUAGCCAUUAAAACUUUUUAGUUGAGUUUAUUCAACAUGAUUUUUAGUUGUUUUUAAAUAAUAGGCGUGCCCAACGGUUCACCAACCCUAUUGUCUAAUGCAGAUAAGCAUACAUUAUCAAAGUUUCAAUAUGUCAAAUAUAGAUUAAGAAUAUUAGAGCUAAUUAGAGUAGUGGUUAAGCCGAAUGCUUUUAAAAUGGCAAUAAGCAAGCAAAUUAUGGUGAUUUUAUAUUAUAAAAAAUAUACACAGUAGACCUAACACGGUAUUCACGCAGCUGCGACCUUUAAGCUUAUCUUGCUUAAACAUAUCAGUGUGAGCGUUUUUGUUGAAGGACUAUGCUUGAUACGAUUAUAACAUCGUGUUCCUGUUCCUGUUAUUAUA